GAACGACCAGGCGUGGGAUAUAAUACCUGGUCGUGCGACGGCGAGUUCAUACUCAUCGAGAUUCUCCAAUUUGGCACGACAACUUUCAUGCCCACCGACGACGCCCCACCAUAAUAAUCACGCCCGUCCCACACACGUAACGUACCCACGGCCACAUCCACACCCAUGUCCCUCGCACUGCCGCGUAGGAUCGUUGGCAAGUGUCUCCGGCCCGACGGGUCGCCCGUCACCCGCGACAUCCACGAGGCCGACAAGCACGAGCCGCUCCUCAAAUCCUCAACUGUUCUCAAGUUCCAGUACCCUGCAACGCGGGACGCUCCCCCACCACCGCGCUCACCGCCGCGCUCACCACCACGCUCCACGCACGAACGGAGCGGAGGCCAUUACACUGGCCAGCGGGUUGGCCACCAGGCCACGACCAUGAUGCACCGUGACCACGACAUCGACCACGACAAUGGCCUCGACAUUGACUACGACAGCGGUGCUGCGCUUGACGUCGCGGGCUGGGCUUGGCACACGUGUUAA